AUGACAAGUGCUAAAAAUGAGAAAAUAAUGGAUUAUCUAUCUUGCCCGUUAGACGAUGUAGUUGAUAGAGAAAAAAAAAGUGGAAACAUUGGCUUUUUAAGCAAUAGUAAUGGUAAAAAAAAAGAAUUUAAACCAGGUUUUUUAAAAAAAAAAGAUGGAUCUGGAAAUUCACGUUUUCGAGGAAGAGGAAAACCACGAUUUUCAAGUUGGAAGUCAAGAAAUUUUAAGAAACCAUAUUUUGGCAAGAGAUUGAGUAAUUCCAAGUUUGGUAAAUAUGGUGGUAAAAAAUUUUUUAAGAAUGGAUCGUCUCGUUAUGGAGAUAAGUUUAAAAGUGGCUACAAUAAAAAUUAUGUAAGCAGAAAAACUAUUAGCAAAUCAGGUGGAAUUGGAUAUCGAAGAAAGUUGGGAAACAAAUCACGAAAGCUAUUUAAAAAUACAUCUGGAUCAAAAACCGCAAUUAGUAAAAAUUUGAAUAGUUAUAAAACUAUUAAAGGUCCAGCUAAAAAAUUUAGCAAUUUGAAUAUUUCACUUCAUCGAAAAAAUCGAGCUUUCGGAUUAAGCGGAAACAGAACUAGUGCUCUUUCAAUAAAAAAAAGCAAAAUAGGUGCAUUAAAUAAAAGCAAAUUAAUUAGAAAAGGAGUAAAGAAAAGUAUUGGUGGCGCCAAAGGUCGAAAAAGUGCAAGUGGAAAAUUUAAGCCCAUGAAUAAAUAUUUUUUAUCAAAAAUUAAAAUAGUUACAUCAUUAAAUAAAGUACCAUCCCCCCUAAAAGAGCAAAAGGACACAGAAGUUAACCUCCCUGAGUCAUUGAAUAAUACUGUGAAAAAGACUGAAUAA